AGGAGCCUGGUGGGGUGCGGGGAGAGCAUCUCGAGGUCCGGUUUCCCCUCCGUAGAAGGCAUCCCCAGCAGGGCUGGGUCCUGAGGUCCCCGGGGGCCGCUAGGGCGGGCACUAGGCCGGGAGGAGCGGCCGCCGACGCACCCGCCGCAGGAGGCGGAGCGCUGCACCUGGCGGCGGGUCCUCGGAGCUCGGCCCAGAAACGGGUUGAGCCGGUAGCAAGCGGUGGAGGCCCGGCGGGAGGAGAACAGCAAGGAGGAACGUCGCGGGGGUGCGUGCGACAGCUCCCCGCUCGCGAUCGCUCCACCCGGCCCGCAUCCCUCGGCCGCGCCCCGCCCGCCGCAGCCCCCAGGGAGCCGGAGAUGGUGCGCGCCGCCCGGACCGUCGCCACCCGGGCGCCCCUAGUUGCCGCCCCGCGCCAGGGGGAGAUGGCUCCCCGAGCCCCGUGCAGCUGAGCGCCGCCUCCGCUUGCAGCAGGCCCGCUCGCGCCCUUGCGGUAAACAUCCUUGGGAGAAAGGAGUCAAGACUCACCAGACAGCCUCAGUGACAAGGACGUGGCCACUAGUGUGUCAAGAGGAGGAAACUGACAGCGUCUGCUUCCUCAGAGAGAGAGGAAGGGAGAGAGAAAGAGAAACAUCGCUAUGAGAGAGGAACUUCAGUCAGUUGCCUCUGUACAUGCCCAAACUGGGGACUGAACCCACAGCCUAGAUCAAUAAUCAAAAUUUUGAAGGUCACAUUUUCUGAUGGUGGUGACAAGCCAUGGCGACAGAUGAUAAAGUUGCCAUCUUAACUGACGACGAGGAGGAACAGAAGAGAAAAUAUGUGCUUGCUGAUCCUUUUAAUGGGAUUUCCAGGGAACCAGAACCACCUUCAAAUGAAACACCCUCCUCCACAGAAACAGCUGCUAUUCCUGAGGAGGAAAUAGACUGGAUAGAGAAACAUUGUGUUAAAAUAAACAAUGAUCUUCUAAUUUCCAAGGUCUUUUAUUUUUUCUUUUAUUCUGCAUAUGGCUCUCUUUACCCACUUUUGCCUGUAUAUUAUAAACAACUGGGAAUGUCACCAAGCCAGAGUGGAUUGCUAGUAGGUAUUCGAUACUUCAUUGAAUUCUGCAGUGCCCCCUUUUGGGGUGUAGUUGCAGAUCGCUUUAAAAAAGGCAAAAUUGUUCUCCUCUUUUCUCUUUUGUGUUGGGUUUUAUUCAACCUGGGCAUUGGAUUUGUCAAACCCGCUACCUUGAGAUGUGUACCAAAGAUUCCCCCAACAGCUCACCCCACCAAUUCAAGUCACCUGCUAACCGUUCUGCCAACGAAUUCUUCCAUUAUCACAUCACCAAGAAUGCGUGAGAAAAGAAACCUGCUUCUUCCCAAUGGGCCAGUGAUGUUUGAAACAGAGCUCAAUAUCACCGAAACAACUCCAAACAAGACAAGUGCACCCACUGUGGAGCCUCAGACAGAUGAAAUUACAGACCAUAUUAAUGACCUGACCUUGAACCCAAGCACAGGAACCCCUGCCCCCCCAGGAAAUGUAACCAGGGAGACAACCACUGCUAUUAUUGCUACCACCAAAUCUUUACCUUCUGACCAAGUCACACUUGUUUAUGAUCAACAAGAAGUAGAAGCUAUAUUCUUGGUGAUCUUGGUAGUUGUCAUAAUAGGAGAAUUUUUCAGUGCCUCUUCUGUUACCAUUGUGGACACAGUAACACUCCAGUACCUGGGGAAACACAGAGACCGCUACGGAUUGCAGCGCAUGUGGGGCUCUCUGGGCUGGGGCCUGGCAAUGCUGUCCGUGGGCAUCGGGAUUGACUACACCCACAUCGAAGUGCUUGUUGAUGGAAAGGGGUGUAAACCCCCCGAGUACCGGAACUACCAGAUUGUCUUCAUUGUCUUUGGAGUUCUCAUGACCAUGGCCUUGAUUGUCGCUACCCAGUUCCGCUUCCGCUACAACCACUUCAAAAAUAAUGAAAACAAAGGGAAAGAGGUGGAAAUCCCUCAGGUGGAGAGGAACAGCCCCGCAGAGUCCUCUGAGGAGACACCAACCACGACAGGCCACUCACAGACCUUCAGCUUCUGGGACUUAAUCAGACUGCUCUGCAGUGUGCAGUAUGGCUCGGUCUUGUUUGUGGCCUGGUUCAUGGGUUUUGGAUACGGCUUUGUGUUCACGUUCCUCUACUGGCAUUUGGAGGAUCUGAAUGGGACCACCACCCUCUUUGGAGUGUGUUCAGUCCUGAGUCACGUGUCUGAGCUGACGGCUUACUUUUUCAGUCACAAGCUUAUUGAAUUGAUUGGCCACAUCAGGGUUCUGUAUAUUGGCCUGGCUUGCAAUACGGCUCGCUAUAUUUAUAUUUCCUAUCUGGAAAAUGCAUGGACUGUUCUCCCUAUGGAAGUUCUUCAAGGAGUGACACACGCGGCCAUCUGGGCAGCCUGCAUUUCCUAUCUCAGCGCAGCUGUUCCCCCUGAGCUGAGGACUUCCGCUCAGGGCAUCCUGCAGGGCCUCCACCUGGGUUUGGGGAGAGGUUGUGGUGCCAUGAUUGGAGGCGUGUUAGUCAAUUAUUUUGGGGCUGCUGCAACCUUCCGAGGGAUUGGCAUGGCCUGUCUGGUGAUCCUCCUGCUCUUUGCCCUGAUCCAGUGGCUGGCAGUGCCAGAUGAGGAAGAAGACAAGACAAUGUUGGCAGAAAGGAUUCCUGUUCCAUCCAGUCCUGUUCCUAUAGCAACUAUCGACUUGGUACAGCAACAGACAGAAGAUGUCAUGCCACGUAUUGAGCCCAGACUUCCACCCAAGAAAACCAAGCAUCAGGAAGAACAGGAGGAUGUGAACAAGCCAGCCUGGGGAGUCAGCUCCUCUCCCUGGGUAACCUUUGUCUACGCACUCUACCAAAUUAAAGAGAUGAUGCAGCUAACAAGAGACAACCGUGCUUCUGAGAUACAGCCUUUACAGGGGACCAGUGAGAAUCGGGGAGAUUCUCCAGCUGGUGGAGCCCAGCCUGUCCCACGUGAGAUUCACUCCGAACCAUAUGGAAACCAAACAUCCCCUCAAACAGCAACAUCUCAGACACAGAGCAGCUCCACUCACCCCAGUGUGGACCAGCGAGCAAAGGAAAAUGAGGACCAGCAGGCUCAGCCUGCCGCUGGGGGACAUUGAGGUGUCCUGCUUAUCUCACACCCUGCAUGGAACUGGGCUCCUCUGCCAGGACAGAGGGAGAGGUGUCCCGAAUCCAGGACAUGCUUUACCUUGAGGAGCACUGCACCACAUAUGCUUCUAGAUACCUGAACUCAUUAACAUGGAAACACACACACAUAGUAGCUACAGUACAUAUUGGCAGAAACAGCCCACUGGAAUCACAGAAGGGAAAUGGAGUUCAGUGAGGACUUUCUGUUCUUUGGUGGUUAGGUUAAGGACUACAGGACUUCUCUGCCAGGGCAGUAUGAGUUGAAACCAGCAGUUACACUAAGUAAGUAUAGGGAAGGAAAGCAUUACAAAGUGAGUGCUGAUACAAUUUCCCUCUUCUGCUUAUUUAUUCUAAUUAUUUGGUUCUUAUUGCAAACCAGGAAGAAAUAGAAUACACUGAUAAUUUUGUUUCUCUUAAAGAGAACCAUUUAAAAAUUGUAAGAUUUAAAAAAUACAGUAAGCAGAAAAAGUUAGUAGCAUAUAUACUUUUGUUUAGAACAAGUUUCAUAAGAAACUUGGCAUAUCUUUAGCAAAUAUAUUUUUAUAUAUGUACGGUAUACAAUGAAAAUAGUUAAUUCUUCGAGCAAAAGCUGUUGACUACUGCAAGCUAAGCUGAGCUUUAAAAUGCCUUUUGUUUUAAAUGGGCUUUAAGACCAGAGGAGGGAAUAUUCCAAAUAUACCAACUCAGUAUCCUGUAACUUAAUAGACAGGGUUUACUAAAUAUAUUGAUACUGUAAGUAGCCUAUAUCACUAUAUACAAUUUUAUAGUGAUUCAGGCUCUACUCAGCUGAUGGAAUUUUUUUUUAAAAUCACUGAAUUCCUAAGGGUUUCUUUAAGCAGUACUAUUUACAAAUAACAGUAUAAGAUUUAAGUGCCUGGGGGAGGGAUACAAUUUUUAAAAAUUAAAAUUAUUAUAAAAUGGGUCAGUUUUUGUUGUGUUUUUGGUGGGGGGGGGGGAGAGGUGGUAAAUAGGAAACCAGGAAUGAAAGGACAGGAAUAAGAAAUAACUAUACUUUUCAGUGACUAAAGAAACAAAUUCAGUAUCUUUUUUCCCAUGAAGACAGUCAGACACUGGACAGUUCGGAUAUGAGUGUGUUACUGUAAAUACCACAACUGCUGUCAGCACAGUGGCUGGGUGAACCACACAUAAAGCUUGCUGCUUAAAAAUGAAAGCCGAGGUUAAUAGAAAGCCUUAGGAGACGGCUGUGGAAAAGGGAAUGCUGCCCUAGCUGAAUGAAGGUCAGUUACAGUGCAUAUAAUAGCUGUGGAUGCGCACAGGAGAAAGGCAGGAACAGAACAGAGUUUAAAAAGAGCAACUCACAUUACCCCCUGACCCUGACUAAACAGGAUCAGUUGUAAAGUAAGAGUUUCUCCUUGAUAUCAUCCUUCUGCCUCAAACUGCAUCUGGGAGAAGAAAUUUCACAGUUGGAUAUCUAGCACCGCAAAACACAGCUUAAAAAAAAAAAACGGAAAGAAAUGGAAUUAAGCAAAUAAUUAUUUUUGCACUUGAACUGAAACGUACUGUACUAUAAAUUAUCAUGACUCAUUUUAAGUGACCUUUAAAAAUCAGAUGUAUUUAUUAUGCUUAUGUAAUUAUAGAAAUAAAGAAAUGUGUGACAGGCUGAACCUCACCUAUGAAUGUACAGUAUGUGGGUUUGUGAAACUGACUGUAGGAAGUCAAAAACGUAUACUGUAUCUUGUGUUUACAGUUCUCAUUUAUUCAUUGAAAAGCCUGCUGUUUUGGAAAUGCAGUUGAUAUGUUGAGACAAAAAUAAAUACCAUUUUUAAGUAUU